CACAAAUGUGUCAAACUAUUAGCCACUUGAAGUAAAGAAAGAAGAGAUAAGGGAUCUCCUAUGGGAAGAUUUUUUCUUUCCCUUUUUCUCUCUUUCUUUUGUUUAUAAUGGAUUAAAUGCAAUUUGUUUAGGGAAAGACAAUGACAGCACACAAGAAGGAAAAGUGUUGUGGCGUUCAAUUCCUAGACAAAAGCAUUAUAUUUGAUCAUUUUCCAUUUCCUCCUGGAAAAUUUGGGGUUUCUUUUUUAUCCACUUCGUUCAGACAUGUCAGCUACUGUUUAGUAGUUCCAUCAUCCUCCGAAUUGCUCCCUGCUCGAAACUGUGUAGUCACCAUUCCAGUCCAGAGAGUGAUGACGGGAAAGAGUAAUCAACCACCGCAGCCUCCACCACAGCCGGCAGCACAAACUGUGCCAUUGGUAUCGGUGGGGGUUGCAGAGUCUUUUUCUUUGGAUGCACCAUCUGCGCAGGCAAAGAUGAUAGCUGUAAUAAGAGAAAUCAUGACCAACGCACCCCAGAAGAUCAAAACUGCACUGCUGCUGCUUAAGCUUUCAUUGUUGCUGCUUCCAUCCCCUCGUGCUGCUUCCUUCCAUUCCCUCACCAUCUACGUUCAAUCUCUCUCACUAACUCUCUUUUGUCUGUUGAAAUUGCUAGCAAUUCUAUGUACUCUCGGGUGAAGGACACUAACAUAAACGAGGACAAGGCUAUAAUCCGUUGAAUAGUACACUAUAUAAAUUUAUCAGACAGUUGGUCUUCUCGGGCAAGCUAGGAAUCAAAUUGCACCGCGUUUCAAUUCUGUGGGCCGUUCAGAGACAAAUGUACACGAGUACAGAAACAUUGACUAGAAAAACCGUAGUGUGUCCAGACUCCAGGCCCAGACCUUAUCCCUUUCAAGCCGCUUUGUUGACGGGAAAAGUGACAUAAAAAGAAAGUAAUGUAAACGGGAAAGAAAAGAGGGGCCUCUUUC